UGUGUCACGUGGGCAAGCGCAUCGAGCGUGAUUCGAGAGUGGCCUACUGGCGCCCUGGUGGCGGUCUUUGGGGCCGAGUGCGGCCAUAUUAUCUCUCGUGGUCCUCGUCGCAAGAAAGCAAGAAGGUGGUGCAGUGCUCAGACAGUGACGUUUUUCAGACGUAGGCGAUGAACGUGAUCGCACACUCGCGCGUGGUAAUCGUCGAACAGUGAGCAGCGACUAGCAUGGCCAAGGGAAGCGGCAAUCCGGCCGGCAAGCAGCCACCGUCGCGCAACGCGAAGCCCUACGAUGCGAACAACUCGUUUGUAAAAAAGGUGGCAACCAAGGUAACAGAUUUUAUACCCCAACGAUCGUGGAUAAGUAAGUGGUUCAAUACCUCUCAAGGUAGUGAGGAUACGUUAGAUGUUAGAGAGAAUCCUGAAGAAUCAGAAUUCAUCGAUGAUGUGCAGCAGCCUCCUAGCAAACGACCGCGCAUACGUAUGGAUGUGAUUCAUCCACCUGGGACAUUUUCUAUACAACCAAGGAGUAAAACCGCACUGAACACGGUUGACUCCUCUAAGAAGCAAUACUCUAUCCAGAAUGAAACGUCGGAAGACUUUUUGGAACCUGCAACGGCUGGGCCAAGCGGGAUAGGGCGCUUAAUAUCUUCGACACCUGCGAUACAAGCAGACAUGAGGACUGCGACGUCUCACAGGUCUGACUUAAAUUCUUUAACUUCACCGACCAAUAACGGGACAGCUAAUGGGUUGGAUGAUCAUUCGGAAUCGAGUGAAAGCACCAGUGGAUGCAGCUCACUUACUCCACAGACAAAUAGACACGAAGGCCCGUCAAAUUUGCUGCAACAAAUUUACAAUUCGUCAUUUUCCAAUAGAAAGAGACAUAUUGAUGAUAAAUUGACAUUUACUAAUCACUUACAAUCUCCGAGGUCCUUGUUUCUAGAUAGUAAUUCUCGUGAUACUUUAAGCAGUCGUAGACCGAGUUUUAACGCAUCAGUUAUGACAAGUGCGCUAAAUCGAGCAUCUCCUUUGUCCUCCCCUUUUUAUAGUGGUAAUACCACUUUCGGGGGUGCGAAUACGGCAGGCUUUUAUAGAAGAGGUCGUAACGUUUUUAGCGAUUCAAGUGAGUUGCAACUUAAAGUACCAAGGAGAACAAGUGUUGAGGUUAAACCUUCUACUACAGUAGAAGUUGAUUCAUCAGGAAUGAGUCAGACUGCUAAGAAAAUAUUGGAAGCAUUAGAACAUUUCUCGUCACCUAUAUCCGACGCGAAGAAAAUUCCGAUGAGAAACGCAGGUAACGCAGCGUCUCCGUUACUGAGCAGGAAGAGAGCGCGAGAAGAAGUAGCGACUCCAUCCGCCAGAGUUGGUUUGCGUCAUUUGACGCGUGAGUUGACAGUACCAACCGUCCCCGACAUACUGAAGUUAAGGAGACGGCAAAAAUUACAGGAUACUACUCUCGCAGCUAGAAAAAUAGUUUCUGCGCGUAGCGAACCACCUCCACUUGCACAGGAGUAUCAUCUGAGAACUGAGGACGAUGAUAGAGAAAAAUAUCACGGUAAAAUAAAGGGCAAAUCUAAGAGAAAUUUAGAAGAAGAGGAAACAGUUGAACCCGUAAAUUUGCCGAACAUACCUUUACCGAUAUCGACAUUACCCAGUUUCACCUUUACGAUACCUCCUCCUCCACACACUAUGAGCAAGACUACGCCAAACAAGGAAAACACUUUCACAUUCGCCAGUCCGAUUAAAGUGACAGAUGCUGGGAAAAAUUUGCAAUCUUUCAAUCACUAUACGUUUAGCAGUCCGAUCAAUGCCGAAGACAGUCCAAGUAACAUGAAAUUGUUGUCGGACUCACCUUCAAAAAUAGGGUAUACAUCGUUUCUUGUAUCUUCUGAUAUAAUGACCAUGUCUAUGCCGAAUUUCGUUUGGUCCGGUUCGUCCACGGCACCUAGAUUGAAGCAAAAGGCAAAGAGCAGCAAGGACAGCAUCGUCGAGUCGGCGGUGGUUCACGAGCUGAAGUCGGGAAGUGUCCUGGACAUAUUGUGUCCUAAAUUGAACAAGACAGAAUCUAAUGUAAUUACGCAAUCACACUUGGGAUCGUCUUCUGAGACAGCGAACCCCGACAAAACAACCAGUAUAUUUGGCUCCAAUACAGACGCGAAAAGCGCGUGUGACACAGAGUCCUUCGGUUCAAUUAGCAGUAUUGCGGUGCCUGCAUCCAAUUGGGAGUGUAGUGAAUGUCUGAUCAGGAACAGUGGCUCGGAUAAACAGUGCAUCGCGUGUAAAGCUGCCUGGCCAAAUCCCAACGAUAAAGUCUCGACACCUCCGUUAACUGACAUUGUCGUAAAAACGAAGCCAGUCGCCAAAGAUUGCUUCGGCUCUCACUUCAAGCUAUCCACCAAUGAGUGGGAAUGUACAGCUUGCUACGUAAGAAAUAAGCAGAGCGAUGUCAAGUGCGUGGCAUGCACUGCCGCGAAACCGGGAGCCAAGUCCGUGACACAACCAACUGCAUCGACUGUGGUCAAAACCCAAAAGUCUGAUCUAAUGGAGAAGUUUAAACCGGCCGAAGGAUCGUGGGAGUGUUACGGCUGCUUACUGAGAAAUAAUUCAAACGUCGUCACAUGUCCUUGUUGCAACACAUCCAAACCUACUCCGAUGAAAGUAAGCUCAACCAAGACUAACACUAUCGUGGAGUCUUCCGCUCAGAAGUUAACUCCCGUUAGCACGGAGAGCACGCUGACGGAACCCGGUAAUUCCGACAUAAUGAACAAAUUCAAGCCCAGCAAAGAUUCCUGGGAGUGUCCGGGAUGUCUCGUUAGAAACAACAGCUCCGUCAGCACCUGUCCUUGCUGUAACACAGCUAAACCUGGCUCCGUCGGUGGCUCGAGCAAACCAGAGCAAACGUUGACGACCAACGGAUUCGGGGACAAAUUUAAGAAGCCCGAGGGUGCGUGGACCUGCGACUCUUGUUUGCUGCAGAACGACGCGAAACAGACAGAAUGCGUGGCUUGCCAAGCUUCGAAGCCCGGUACUACGAAGCCAAAAGAACCCACAUCGAGCACUGAAUCAACCUUACAGUUCAAGUUUGGUGUGCCACCCAACAGCGGUGGGUUUAAGUUCGGCAUAGAUAAAACCGAUAGCCAAUCCAAGACCGACACCACGUCACCAUUGAACGGAUUCAAAUUCGGUAGCGUGCAACAGAGCAGCGGCACGACGCAAUUUACUUUCGGUAUUCCCAAGGAAGAGAACAAAGCCGCGAGUGAAACACCCAAGACCAGUAGCAGUACCGUAACGUCAUCUGGCAGUAUCGGAUUCCAAUUCAGUAUGAAAGCUACCGACAAAGCUGAUGCUAAAACGAAUCAGGAGACUAGACAAGACUUAUCUUUCAGUAUGCCGAAGAGUAACAGUUCGACAACGUCAAGUGAGCAACAGAGCAAUGUGCUCAGUACUGUCGCGAGUCCGACUCCUGUUUUCACAUUUGGUGCGCCAAAAACGAUAUUCAACCAGCCUAUCUCGAACAAAUCGGCACAGAAGCCUCCUCUUGCGACUACCGUGGCAGACAGCUCCAAGUUAACAGUAACGAGCGAUACAGCAACGAUCAGUACUGGCACGACGUUGCCAGCGUUACCCAAGCAAAGCUUUACGUCGCAGAACGACACAAAACCAAACCCGAUCUUCUCGUUCGGCGUACCGAGCAGUACGAGUGCUGCUAACAGCAACACUCCCACCGCCAGUACAACGAUCACUUGUCUUCCAACUUUUGCUCAACCUUCUCUAACAUUUUCCGACUCCCCAAAGACGACUCCCCAGACAGCUGCGGUGCCAACCUUCGGCCAAGCUUCAGCAUCGUCGCCGGCUCUCUCUACGAAUCUGUCGUUCGGCGAGAACAAGAUAAACAAGGCAACGCCCACGCCUCCUCCACUGUCCUCCGACAAACCCGCUGUGAGCGACACACUGAGUGCUUCAGCCUUCCCGAUAGUCUCGAGUUCCACACCGUUGUUCAACAGUAACGACUCGAAGACGCCGAUGACAUUUGGCCAAGCGGACAAACCGACGGUGUUCACCGACGCGACCGUCAAAUCGUCAGGAUUCUCUGCGCCCGAGAAUAAGAUUCCAGUGUUCAGCGGUAGUGCCGAGAACAAAUCGAUCUUCGGCACACAAGAGACGAAGUUGCCUGUGUUCGGCAGCGGCGAGAAGACCACAUCUGUAUUCAGUUCACCUGGGCAGACACCCUCAGUGAUGGGAAGCCGUUUCGGUUCGUCCAACUCUAUUAUGAUGCCAUUUGGUUCAUCCAACACUCCUGCUUUCGGGAACAACAGUAGCACAUCCGCAUUCGGUAGCACAACGACGCCCGCUAUAUUUUCGACUACCAAAUCGGAUGAGAGCAACACGUCGACUUUGGUUUCCGUACCUGCAUUCGGCUCGAAUCAGCCCGCGCAACAAUCGGCGAGCGGCGGCUUCAAUUUCUCCGCGAACACUAAUCCACCAGAGUCGGCCGCGAAGCAGCCGUUGUUCGUAUUCGGCAGCAAUUCAAGUACGCCGUCGAGUAGCAGUAUAUUCGGUAACGAUACGUUCGCUAACCCAGCGUCGACGAAUACUGCCAAUUUCACGUUCAACGCGCUCAAGCAACAAGAGACACCACAACCGGCAUUCGGACAGACCUCAGCGGCGACUCCAAUGUUCGGUGCUAAUCCGCAGACUCAGGCGACAUCGUCGUCGUUCUCGUCCACUUCCUCGUCUAGUGCGGGUUUCAAUUUCGGAUCCACCGCUCCGCCAGCAACACCAUCAGGAGGUUUUAACUUCGGUGGAAUGUCAACCACGUCCACGCCAACUGGGGGAUUCAACUUUAGUUCUCCCGGUUCUAAUCCCACAGUGGCUUUUGAUCCCAACAGCCGGCCUUCAUUCAACUUCACGAAAGGAAGCGCGCCAACAGCGUUCAACGCACCGCCUCAGUCAGCGCCUGUGCAGCGGAAAAUCAAAAAAGCGUUUCGACGAUGCUUGCGGUAGAGAGAGAAAGAGUAUGCAAUAUACAACAUUCGCGCAUGUAUCCUGGUGCGUCCUUACAUCUGUCUGUGCAUCCGUGUAUUUGGAUGUAUCUCCGUAUGUCUCCGUUAGGCGUUACAAGGUGGUACAAUGAAAACUCUGUCAUAUAUGUCAACCGAUCGCAUCAGUGUGGUGGUAUAUACCAAGCAUCUUUGUAAUAUAGUAUAAUCCGCUAACCGAACAUGCUUGCGUACAGCCACUUGUGUUCUACAGGAACUGUAAAUUAUAAAUUAUUUAAAUUAUACAGUAAUAAUGAAUAAUAUACAUUGUCGAGUUGGCAUGAAGCCAGAAACAAGUCGUGAUGCAGUUGCAUUACUGAGACCUUAUCCCAAAAGCAGACGCGAUGCGUAUGUACCGACAUGACGUACUCGAGAUAACACACAUAUUUGCCGAAGUCGAAAAGUACCUCGAUUAAGAAAAAAAAUAAUGAGCACAGCACGUGCAAUUGAAGAUAAAAGAAAAGAAAUAGUGGGAGAUUGACACCCGCUCAGGUAAGUAUAAGUCAGUCACAACUCGUAGCAUUGUUACUUGCAAGUAAACGCGAUUUCAAAAAGUUACAUGUAUAAACAUAAUUUGAUUAUUGAGCAUUAUUUACAGGACGCGUUAAAUGGUUAUAUUUGAGUUUUUUUCAUUACAAUAUAUGAAUUAUUUUUUUUAGAGAAAGUUAACGUGAUUUUAAGCGAUAAAAAUACAGUGGAAAGAAAAAAUCCCUCUAAUUAGAAAUUAAUUCACUUAACAUAUUUCAGAAUAUUGAUUCGGUUGCUUAAGAAUGGGGAUUUCUACUGUUAUUAUAUUUGUCCCUUUAAAUCAUAUCAUAUUAUUAGUUACAUUAAAGAGACGAAUAUAUAUAUGAUAACAGGAAAAAGUUUUCGAGAUCCCAAUAUAAUUGCAUAUUAUACAGCAUAGUGUAAGUUGAAUUUGUUUUUUCAUGCACAUAUCCUUCGUAUAUAUGUAUGAGUAACAUUUGAUAGCAUGAUUUUGCUAAUUAUAUUUAAGAGAGAUGUUAUACGAUUCUCCAUACGUAAUCGAAUGAUCAUCUCGGCGAGUUUAUGACAGUAAAAUGUCAGCCUAAGAUAAUUGGUUAACUUCGACAUUGCGAGCGUUGUGAACUGACUGUAUAUCAAUAAAGUCCCACUAUAUAUAUAUAGACAUUAAUUAUAUUUUAAUUAGAAUUCCGUGGGCAGCCCUACAAUCUUUGUAGAACUAGUCCAGGAAAAGUGUAAUAUACACAAAAAUGGCAUUCGGAUAGUACAAACUGACGAUUACUGAACGGUUGCAUUGAGUAGUCGAAAUUGUAUAUUUUUUUUAUAUAUCGAAUGAAAUAAUCCUAUAAGAGAAUAUAUACUGAAUGCCAUUUUAAUAGGAUUAAAUUAUAAUAAUGUUGUGUGUUUUAUCAUAGAAUGAGUGAAAUAAAUUUGAGAAGUAUGUUGAAUGGAAGUAAAUUAUUAAGGGGCUUCUAAAAAGUUUCUUUCUGACAUCAAUUGGAUGUUUAUAAUUUUUCUCUACACAAGUUGCUGGUAAUUACUGUUAUUAUUUGCUGUUGCAACACUCAAACAAAAUUGUUUUAGUUUAUCUUGCACUUUUUGGCUUAAACUUUUGUCUCUGAUUUUAACACAACAUACAACUCGAAAUAAAUUUUUACAAUUGCUAUAUAUAUUUUAUAAUGUUAACUUAUCCAUCGAACCGAACUACAACAAAAAUAUUGUAAACUACUCUUUUUAGAAGCCCCUAAAGCGGAAAGUAGUUAGAUGGCGUGUAUUAAUGAUUAUAACGAAUCAUUAUUAAAUCAAGCACGUCUUAUUUAAGAUUAGGGUAGUUGUGUAUAAUGUUGGCUUAAACUUGACAGUAGCCAAGAAUAACUCGGCACAUGACCCAUCUUCUGCCAUAGUAGACACUUAGGUACAAAGCAGUUUGUUAGGCAUUGUUGCUUAUCCGUUGUUAUGUAAUAUUUACGUUAAGUAGACACUAAGGAAUGUUUUUUUUUAAGUUCUGUAUACAUUAUUACAAGACAAAAAUCCAUAUAAUUUAGUUUCUAUGUUGAACACUUAUAUUUUUAACAUUGUCAAAAUACCCUUUGUAGGUGUAUUUCUCAUUUAAGAUGUAAACAGUGUGUUGAUUAAAUACGUAAUAUACGCUAGUGUAUGGGUAAUUUGAAGAAAACUCUGUGAUGCAGGUAUAUGUAAUGCUAAUUGAGCAUAUAUACCGAUGAAUAGCGCCGACUUAAAAAUUAAUUCGCAUAGAUGAAAUUACUUUAGUUUUUAAGCAAGCCCAUACCCAAAAACCUACAAAGGAUCUUUUGGAUGUAACUAUGAUCGACGAGACUUUGUUUUAUGCGAUUUGCAAAAAAAAAAGAACACGAAAAUGUAAUUAAUGGUAAAGGGAGGCUGCGCUGAGAUAUGUCUGUGCUGCUGUCUUACACUGUGAACAUUCUCUGUUGAGGCUGUGUUGUCCAUUUGUCUAUGAAUAGGCAAAUUUCCAAAUUAAUCGAUAUAUCGAGAAUACUGCCUGCAAAGGUAGUAUCUUUGUAUUAAAUUUCGUAUAUGGCCUUACUGAUACAUAAUGAACGUGUAACGUAGAUGUAUUAACGACUGUAAAGCAAAUUGUAUUGGAGUUGUUUUGUAGCAUUUUGUAUACUCUCCAUUGUAAUAUGUUCGCAUAAACGUCUGAAGAGCACUGCAUUAAAAAUGUUCAACAAUAGAUUUGUAACAUCCGAUGACUGACAAUAUUUUUUGUAAUAUUUUCAUAGACGUGUGUCUUAUUUACGUAACGGAAAAUUAUUGAAGUGUGGUAUUUUAUGUAUGUAUGUAUGUGUAUAUAUAUAUAUAUAUAUAUAUAUAUAUAUAUAUGUGUGUGUGUGUAUAUAUACAUACAUGUGUGUGUAUAAAAAUGCUGAUAAUAUUAUUCGCACGAGCAAAAAUACAAGAUAUUAUUAAAUUGAAUUUUUUAAGUCUAAAAUUAAUCUUAAAGAUUUCUUUUAUGUAAACGUCAAAUGAAAACGUUUAGGUUUGCAAGAUUUGUUUUUAUGCGAUAUUUGUUUAUACGAGAGCCAUAGGAUGUUACAAUAUGUCAAAUGUUCCGAGGCCUUAUUAUAAUCUUAGUCCAUUGGAGACAUUAUGCAAUCGUACUGAAUUUUUCUGAAUAUCUGUAACAAUUCUAUCGAGAAUGAUGUAUUAAGCAAUUAUCUAAUGAUGAAGUUCAGAAAUGAGGGAGUUUGUUAUGAAAUAAAUCCAAUGACUGACUGUAAUUAAAUAAAAUGUACAUGGGAGAAUGUUCACUGUAUGCUUCAGGUGCUAUGAGGAUGUCGGUACAUUCUCAUACAUAUGAUGUAACACUAGUUAAUAAUAUGAAAGAAAAAUACGCAUCGGUGUUUCUCAACCGAUGAAUCGACAGAACAAAAUUCAAGAAAUGUUUGUUAUAGUAUGUAAUGCGCAUCAACAUAAGAAGAGCUAUCUUUAUUCGCACAAGGAUCGACGAAAUACGCUUAACGACGAUUAAAUAUUCGUUCUUUGAUAGUAUCACAUUCUCCGAAAGUGUAUUAUAUCAUGAAAUCCGCAAGCUGCAAUUUCUUCCUUUAGAUACAUUAUAAAAUAUCUUUGAUUUCGCAAAAUAUGUAGAUAAGACAUUAAUAAUACUCGCAAUAAAAAUAAUAAUCUAUAUAAAGAAUAAAAUAGAAUUCUUUUGUGGACCAGAGAGAAGCGCAAGGAAUAAUUAUAUCUCAAUAUCAACUCUCUCCAGGGUUACUUCUUUGAUUCUAUAUCUUUAUUGAAUUAAGGUGACAUUGCCUUAAUAGGUAGCGCUUGUGAUAUUUAACAAGAGCUACUUGAGCUUGUGUUGAGAAACACCGUGAUAGGAUACAUUAACAUUAUUAUGAAUACUAUUCUUAAUACUAUCCUCUCUGUUUAUCUGUAACAAUUAUAUUAUACACCAUUAGACGAUAUAUAACAAAUACUAAUUAAAAAGAAAACGACGGUGUUAAUUUGGGUCAUAUAGUUUUAUUUUAUAUCUAGAAGAGAAAAGUGACUUCUGUAGGAGGGCAUUUAGUAAACAGCGGCUUGAACUGAAGAAUUUUACUAUAGCAUAUGCACAUGUAUAUGUAUCAGCGUUAUUAAAAAAAAACGUUCUGCUCCAGUGUGCGUGCGAAACAAAAAUGAAAUGUGCAGGUCCAUACUAAAAUCCUUUAGAUCAAAAAAUAAUCUAGAGACAGACAUUAGGAUACGAAUUCGAUUGCAGUCCCUAAUGUUCAGAUAAAGUGUAAUAUUUUAUAAAUACGUUCUCUUUUAUUUUGUUUUAAUCUCCUGUAAGUAGUAGGAUUGCUCCUUGACAGUUCCUCAAAGAAAUAUACAAAAUAAGAAACCCACACUGUGAAUUAUUGUAUGAUGUUCGUGGUUUACGAACCCUGAAUUGUAUACAUAUGUUAUACAUAUAUAGAUAUCGCUUUGCAAAUCAUUGUAACAAUCUAUUUCAAAAGAUCAGUUGAAUCUCCACAGUAUGAUAUACGCAAUUUCUUUUUUAGUAAAAUGCGAAUGGUUUCAAUGCUCCUUCCAUCUCCUUGCAGUAUAUCACUCAAAUAAAUAAGUUACAGUAAAA